UAAUUAUCAUUAAAUUAAUCUGUAACAGUUUACAGAAAUAUAAUCUGUACACUUAAAUAUAUAAGACUUAGGACUACCGAUUACCGACUCAUUGUAGAAUCAGCGUUAUAAAUAUUAUUUCUACUAUUAUUUCUACUAUUGUUAAUAAUUAGAGUUACUCCGAAAUGGAAGAUACGAGCAAACAAUAUUUAAGCAAUAAUGAAGAUCAUAAGUACAGAAUAUAAACUAUGUAUUAAUGAAAUUCUAGCUAUGGCUGCUAUACGACAUACUUUGCAAAGAGAAGUAUUUACUCUUAGCGAUGAAAAAUUACUCAGCGUAUGCUACGUUAGUAAAGCUUACAAGAAGAAAAAGAUGAGUUUUCUGUGUCUGGCUACGACAACAGAUACUCCAGGAUCUCUUAUAUUGUAUCAAGUAAAGAAGAAUGAUAAAAAUGUUUAUAAAAAGAAACAAUCAUGGCCUCUAAACGAUAUACAAAUCAUAGAUGGUGUAAAAAAUGAUUCAAUGGACAUAGAGAUGCAUAUUGACAAAGUUUACAAAUGGUCAUCCACUACUGUACAAGAAAGGCGAACGUUUAUUAGUAAUUUAUAUACUUAUUCGUGUAGCUUAACUCAGAGGCCAGAAUUUAAAAAUAUUCCUAAAGAGUGGCUGAUUGAUCCAACCGCAUUGAAGGAAACUGAUAGUAUCACAUUUACACCUGAUCUUUUGGCAUCACCUAUUAGUUCAGAUUAUCAACCCAUUACUGAAAAAGAAGCUGCUGACUUAAAACAAAUGAUGGAAAAUUGUGAAUACGCUGUUUCCAACGCUGAGCUUUUUAUGGAAACUCUUUCAAAAGAUCUAUCUAUUCUUGAUGGGGAAAAUGUACAUUCAGUCUUAGCAUCAGAACAGAGAGUAACACAACUGAUGAAUAGUAUAGACGCAGCAAUAAUCGAAGCUUCUAUCGUAGAAACGCGAUUAGCGGCAUAUGAUGAAGCUUUAGGAAGAAUAAGAGAAGUUAUGGCUCGAGUUGGUCAAAAAAAUCAAGCUAUACAUACAGCGAAUAAUAAUGCUAAGCUUUUGUUGGAUAAGUUAAAUCUAGUAAUUUUGCAAUUAGAUAUUCCUGCAACGUACCAACAUACCUUGAAUGAAGCCGAACUUCCAGGCGAAAGAGAAGAGCUUGGCCUUGCUGGUGUAGCCCUCUUAAAAGCUAUCACAGCACCUCUUCCACCGGGCUUAGACAAACUAAGUGCUGUUACUGAACAAAAAAGGCGAUUGGAUAAGCUUAAAGCAAAAUUCUCAGUCAUUGUUGCUAGACAUUUAAACAAUCUUUUUAUACACUUGGGUAACGAUAUUGGAGAUACAUCUACUUCCAUGACGGAUUUAAUAUUACCGGCUCAUCAAGGAGUUCAUAACGAGCUCGUACCAUAUACUGAAUUGAUGCAGCUGUUAAGAGCAUUAGACAAUAAAGCCUUUGUACAGUUAACUAAGGUCUAUACUGAUACUAUGAGUAAAUUGUACAAGAGAGAUCUGAAGCGCUUUUUCGAGGAAGCUAAAAAUAAGCUCAUUAACAAACGUCUACAAGUAAACACAUCGAGGUCUAGUGGUCAAAAGGGUGAAGAUUUGCUUAAUCCGGCGCCUAUCUGUUUGCUGAGUGGUGAAAUAUGGACUCCAAUGGACGAAGGAAAUCUUUUAGAUUCAGUCCUCAAUUGUGUACUUUCGCAGAUGCAGCCAGUAUGUCUCGCCGAACAAGGUUUCUGUGUCUCAUUUCUUCAAUUGGAUUCUGUUCUGUCGCCCUCCAAAAGUAGCGAGAUGGAAGAAGUAGAGAACGUUAACAACGGUGCAGCAAGUCCUGGGUCGGUAACUUCGACGGCAAGCAAACGACUGGAGCGUCAGGUAAACGAAGAUGUUCGUGCGACUAUGGCCGCGAUAUUCCCGUCAUUGGAAACAGAAUUGAACAACUUUAUCAGUUUUCUGGACAAAAUUGACAGCUUUUGGUGCAUGUACGUAUUAGUGCGUUUAUCACAGCAUGUCAUGUCCGCUCAAGAUACCGGCUCGUUUUUAUCGAUGACAUUUGCAUCCUCUCUGAUCCACGUAAAACGAGCAUUUGAUAAAUUCAUGCAAGCGCAAUUACAGUCCAUAUUGUGCGAUACAAAAGUUAAUCGUCGACACAAAUGUGGUAUAUUACCAUACAUAGAAAACUUCGGACCAUUUGCGAGAACCGCGGAGAAGAUUUUCCGCAAUUCUGAUAGAAAGGUUGAUCUCGAGAAAUGGUACACGAAGCUUGUGAGUACUAUGUUCGAGGCUAUUGUUAUUCACAGUCGAGAACAUCAUAAGACGCCUCAGGAAGUAAUAAAAAUGGAAAAUUUUCAUCAUCUCUAUGAUCUUCUCUCACAACUAAAAAUUUCGAUUUUGGACCACGAGCGGAAAGAAGCCAAACAAAAAUAUCAAGAUGCGCUUCGCGCUUAUGUUACGCAAUAUUUUGGACGACCUCUUGAAAAACUUAAUCUUUUUUUCGAAGGCGUACAAGCCAAGGUAGGCGCCGGUGUAAAAGAAUCUGAAGUCAGUUAUCAGAUGGCCUUUAGCAAGCAAGAAUUGCGACGCGUAGUGAAGGAAUAUCCGGCGAGAGAAGUUAAGAAAGGUUUGGAGAAUUUGUAUCGAAAAGUUGAAAAGCAUCUAUGUGAAGAGGAGAAUUUGUUACAAGUUGUUUGGCGCGAGAUGCAAAAUGAAUUUAUCGCGCAGUAUAGAAACAUUGAAGAACUAAUACAACGCUGUUAUCCAGACAGCAAUGUAACACUCGAGUUUACCAUACAGAAUAUUUUAGAAUUUUUCUCGGAAAUAGCGCGAUCUCAUUAAAUCAAAAUCUAAUUUUCUCUUCACUAUUACUCUAUUUGACUAGUAUUACUAUAACAUAUUAUAUGAAUUCUAAUAUCUAUUGAUAUAAGAAUAAUUAGAGAUACACUGGAUCUUAAAAUUAUCGGAUAUCCGGCGUCAAAUUAUUUUCGGAUGUAUGAUAUUCGGAUAUCUUGCCGGAUAUCUGAAAAAUGGCUUUCAAAAAGAAGAGCAGUAAGUAGGGAAAUAUAGCGAUAAUAAUUUUAUUUAUCUUCCCAAUGUGAAAAUAAAAAGAGAAAAGAGAAAAGAGAAAGGAACUGUGCAUGAAAUUCAACUAAAAUAAAAUGACGCAAGCAAUCAAUAUAAAAAUCUCAACCGGAUACCGGAUAUUUCCCGGAUAUCCGAUACAUCUUGAAUAAUAAUUAUAAAUUUAUAUAGAGUUGUAAUAUAACUGUGUGCGUGCGUGCGUGUAUACAGGAUGUUUAUAAAGUCUGUUACCACCCCUAUAUUUUAGAACCAGUUCAAAAUUGUGAAAAACUAUGAAAUACAUGUUCGAUCAUUUCGUUACUCUUUUAAAGGGAUCGAGGAGGUUGCCCUUCUCCAAGGUGGCUUCAACUUAAAAAUUUUAAAUGGAAAUCUCGCUAUUGUAACGUAUUAUUUGAAAGGGCAUAAAAAAAGAAAGUUUUUGGUUCAAUGCAGAGAUUGAUAUAUUGACCUGUUCGGGAAUUAUCAAAGUUUGAAAAAUUCUAUUUGUUUUUAUUUUCAAUAUGUAUUGUAUUUAUUAUUUGCAAUAAUUGUUCAAGAUGGGCACUGUUCACUUUUUGACAAUAAAAUAAUGAAUCCAUAGUGAAGAGUAACUGAGAUCCAAAUUGCAAAACUCUAAAUUAACUGCGCAUCCAAAGUGAACUGCCGAUAUCCAAAGCAUUUUCGGCCAAUUUACACUAUGUAUUGUUUUUCGCUGUGCGUAAGGUAUGUGUUCGCGAAAAUGUUAUUGUAUUUGGAUUCUUAUAAUGCGCUCCGAAUCACAACGGAUUAUAGUAGUUUGUAAAGACAUCUUUUUUUUUAUUACUCCCUAGUGUUUUGCACUGUUCUAAAUUUAGGAUAUUCAACAAAAGAAUUGGCUUAAAUUAAUGGUAUGCAGGAGAAGUGUCUAUUAAUAUUUCUUGAAUCAAUACCGUUAUAUACAGUAGAAUCUCUCUAAAUUUGGCCCCAUGGAACGAUAAGAGUGGAAUACCAAAAUUAUAGAAUACCCUCUCUAUAGCACGAGUUUACCAAUUACCACGUACUUGCGCGAAUGCAGUUGCGCACGUUAUCUAUCAAAGUGUACUAUAGUGUACAGACGGUGACAGAUAUGCCUUAACACUGAAAUUAUACGAAUAUUGGGAUAUUCAGAGCACGCUCUCCCAGUUCUCCGUCUCUAGAUAUUCGUACAUAUACAUCAUCUAGAGAUGGAGAGCGUGCUCUAAAUAUGUUCUAAUAUUCGAAUAAUUUUAGGCGUUAAGGCAUAUCUGUCAUCGUCUAUACAUAAUCUUAAUAGAACAAAUCAUAUGUAUCACAUAUUACGUAUCACAAAACAAUACAUUACACAAAUAGUUAUACAUAACCUGCAUGAAUUAUAUGCAUUGCAUACACUGUGAGAACCUAGUACGAAUAGGUGCAGAUUAGAAUAGAUCAGAAUUUACAGUGAUAGAAAGGGAAUACGGACGUCGAGCUGUGAGCAACAUCUAAAGGACAGAAAUAUCUUUUUAUCCUCUUCUAUCCUCUUUUGGCACACACGCAGAAAGAAGAAAA